AUGCCCUUCGUUUAUCGUCUCACAACAGCUCAUACUCUAUCACCUGAACAUCUUCGCCGUGCCCUCCAACACAUCAUUCGUAGACAUCAAGCACUUCGAACAUCAAUUCUUCUCGACGCUGAAAACGAUCUGUUCAUACAACAUAUUAUGAGUGAAGAACAAGGUCAAAAUAACACAUUCUCGUUCGUCGAAAGCACCUACGAAACAGAUGAACAAUUGAAGAACAUUGUUCAUGAUGAGCAAACUAACUGUCAUCAUUUCGAUCUAUCUCGCGGAGUUGUUUUCCGUUUUCACAUUGUCUAUCACAAGCAGAAGCCUUCCAGUGAAGUUCUUUCGAUGAACGAUGUACUUAUAUUUAAUUUUCAUCAUGCCAUAUUCGAUCUUGCAUCGAUGGAUAUAUUUCUCGACGAUCUCAAUCGAGCAUACACAACAGGUCAAUUAGCGAAUGAUGAUCGUCCUGCUCUACGCUAUCUCGAUUAUGCUACUAUAGAACAACGAAUGCCAAUGACUGGUGCCGAAAUGUUCUGGCUCGAUGUACUUCACAAUUGCAAUAUCGAUCAACCAUUGCCACUUCCAUAUGAUCGAUAUCGUGUUGUGAAUGAACAUGCGACAGGCCAUGAAACAUCGAUUUCGUUUGCUUUCGAUGCAGAUGUGUCGCAUGAUCUGCUCACAUAUGCAUCAACGAAGCAGGUCACUCUUCAACAUCUAGCCCUUGCGACGUACUAUGCAUUUCUAUUCAAGCUUACCAGUGGAGAGAAAGAUCUCUGUAUUGGAAUGAGUAGCGAUGGUCGAUAUCGAGAUGAACUGAGGUCGAUCAUUGGAUUAUUUGAAAGUGUCAUUCCACUGCGUUGUCAAUUAGAUCCGCACUGGUCUCUUCGUCGAUUGCUCGAUGUUGUAUGUGAUGUGGCAACAAAGAGUAUGAAGUAUUCUUAUUUUCCUCUUCGACGAAUUCUAAACCAACAUCAACAUGCGUCCGCACCCACGUUUCUUCGUGUGCUGUUCGACUUCCAGUCAGACGAAAGUAAACACAAGCAGCAGCAGCAGCAGCAGCACAAGAAGGAUGUGUUGAUUGGCGAUGCUCAGCUUCACUGUGUGUCUACUUGUGCCAAGUGGAACAGGUAUGUGUCCGUCAACGAACUCGAUUUGUCCUUUUCUAUCCAACACGAUAUCGCUCACACUCAUGGACUCAUCUGCACGAUUGAUGCAUCACUCGACCUCUUCUACGAGACGACAGUCGACAAGAUGGCACACCGAUUUGGUACCAUGUUACAACAGCUGUUUCUCUCGCCGAACGAUGAGCAGAUGGAGAGACCGAUCUAUGAGCUGUCGUUGAUGUCAGUCGAUGAGAGGAUAAUGAUGAUGUCGAUGAACAACACACAGGUGGCAUUUCCUUGUGUUUCUUGUAUUCAUCAUGAAUUUGCUUUUCAAGCUAUGCAGCAUUCACAGAAGGUAGCCGUCGAACUUGAUGAACAAUCGUUGACCUAUUCAGAACUUCUGUAUUCUGCUCAACUGUUGUCGUUGCAUCUUCUAAACAGCCAUCGCAUUCUGCCAGGUGAAAUCAUCUGUCAAUGUGUAGAACGAAGUUUGUCAAUGGUUAUUGGCAUGAUGGCGAUUGAGAUGGCUGGUGACGUUUAUUGUCCGUUGUCAGCUCGCGAUCCGCAGCAUAGAUUGCAUUUAUUGAUAGAAGAGACGCAAAGUCGUCUUGUUUUCGCUCACUGGCUAACAAAGAACAAGUUCAACAGCGGUAUCGUUCUUGUGAAUAUCGACUCAGUGGUGCUAAAUCGAUAUUCACGCAGUGAUGGCGAAGCAGAUGAUCUCUCAGGCGUGAGCGUAUCACCUGGUGACAUAGCUUAUACGAUUUUCACGAGUGGAUCUACAGGAGUACCAAAAGCAGCUCAAGUUCGACAUGAGAAUUUCACUAAAUGCAUACGCUCUCUCAAUUACAUCGAUUCGUUCAGUGGCAAAGAUACAAUUGUACAAAUGUCGAGAUGUUCAUUUGAUAUCCAUGUUCAAGAGAUACUUGGUGCAUGGAUGGUGGGAGCUACAUUAGUGAUGCUUCGUCCACAUGGAACUGUGGACUUUGACUAUCUAUCUCGAAUAGUAGAGACGAAGCAGGUGUCGUAUAUGCAUACCGUACCGAGCUUGAUCCAAAAUUUCUUCGUUUUCUUGCGAGAGAACCAGAAAGGCAAAGUGCUAAAAACUCUUCGAUCACUUUGUAGUAUUGGCGAGGUAUUAUCGGUGAAGGUGGGUGACCUGGUCUCGAACAUGGACAUACCGCAAUGUCUUGUGUGGAACUUGUAUGGACCAGCUGAAACAACAAUAGUUUCGACAUUCCAUUGCUUGAACGGCAGUUCGAUUGGUCAAGACAGUAUUCCGAUCGGCACACCCCUUUCUGACUAUCGAUGUUUGGUGUUGAAUGAUUUGUUUCAGUCAGUGACGAUGUCUCAAGUAGGUGAGCUAUGUAUAGGCGGCGCGGGCGUGUUUGCUGGCUAUCUUGGACGUGAUGAUUUGACACAAAAGGCACUCGUUCAUAUCAACGACGAAGUGUAUUAUCGCACAGGGGAUCUCGUUAAGAUCGACUGCAAUGGUCGCCUUCAUUAUCAAGGAAGAAAAGACCAUCAGGUCAAGUUGCACGGACAACGGAUUGAGCUUGGAGAAAUCGAGCGAUGUCUGCUCAGUUCAUCCAUCUCUGCCUGUGUGGUCAUCAAGUGGGGUGAUGAUCAUCUGGUCGCAUAUGUGCAGUCCUCUUCGGCUACGAACAAGAAGCAGUUGCGUGAGUAUUGUCAAUCUCAUCUGCCACCACAUAUGAUUCCAUCACUAUUCAUCUUUCUGGAUAAACUACCUCUGAACGCGAAUGGAAAAAUCGACCGAAAACUUCUACCAUCGCCUGAUCUUUCUGACUUUUCGUCGGCAGAUGUCGAUGUAGACGUGGAGUACAAGCUGCCCAGAAACGAGAUCGAAAGUACAGUACAUGAGAUCUGGUGCGAGACUUUUCAACGCAAACAAAUCUCGAUCGACACCAAUCUUUUCGAUAUUGGUGGACAUUCACUGCUUCUCGUACAGCUGUACCGUAGAUACAGAGCGAAAUUUAGGUUUCAAACAAAAGCUGUGACUACUGCUAAUCUCUUCAAGCACCCAACUAUUGCGGAGCAUGCUCAUCUCAUUCAUGAAGCCAUCGGCAAAACACAGACAGCUGAUGACUUUCGCUGGCCUGCAUUAUACCUCACGCAAGCCAUGGCGUCGUUUGCGCAGGAGCGCAUUUUCCUAGAUGAAGAGAUUCGGUUUUCUUUUAGCCACACCCGUUUCACAUAUGUCAUGCCAUCGCUUUAUCGUCUAGCAUCAGUCAAUACCAAUGACUUUCUAUCAAUCACUCGCUUACACGAUGCACUGCGUCGGGUCAUUAUCAAGCACAGCAGUCUUCGAACAGCACUCUAUCAUGAUGCCGAUGGUAACAUCAUACAACGUUCCAUCGACGUGCGCACGAACGAUGCACAAUGGGACACGUAUAAGUUCUCAGUCAGAGAUGUUCCACAUGAUGAUCAACAAACAAAUGAAGUUAUCAGCGAAAUAUUGAAUCAGUCUGAUCUGUUUGACUUGUCGAAAGGACAUGUCAUCAAUUGUCACGUUCUUCGUCGCCAUCGACCACAGAAUCGUAUACCGAACUACGACGAUGACAUCUUGAAAAACGAUGAUCUUAUAUUGUUCAGUGUCCAUCAUGCAUUCUUCGAUGGUGCAUCAACAUUACUUUUUAUUCGUGAGCUGUCUCUUGCCUAUGAGAAUACUACUCUUUCGUCCACGGACGAAAACAAACUUACAUAUAUCGAUUAUUCCGUUCAUGAGCGUCUACUGGAUAUGACAGUAUCUCGCAACUUCUGGCGUUCACAACUAGAAGGAUACAAUCUUGAACAAAGACUCUCAUUACCAGUUGAUCGACAUCGAACAUCAGUAGACGAAAGGUCUGGCUUAGCCUGCACUGCUGAAAUUGUGUUCGAUGACGAAAUGUUGAUAUCGUUUUUGGACUAUGCAUCCGUUCAUCAUCUGACACUCUUUCAACUUGGACUAUCCUUAUUUUAUGUAUUUCUGUUCAAAUUAACUCACGGUCAAACUGAUUUAUGUAUCUCGUCUCUGAAUGCCAAUCGAUAUCGAAGUGAACUAGAAAACAUGAUAGGGAUGUUUGUUUCGACAUUGCCGUUUCGUGUACAGCUGGAUGGUGCCUGGUUAUUCGAUGAAGUGUUACAAUAUGUUAAAGAGAAGAGUUUAUCCAUUUACGAACAUAGUUUUUAUCCUUUGCAGACUAUUGUGACUGAUUUCCAUUUGAAUCUGUCAAAUAUUGGAUUUUUAGAAACGAUGUUCGAAUUUGUCUCUGUUGCUGCAAGUGACCAACGAUUUUCUUUUGGUGGGGUCACGUUUCAGGAGCUCGUCGUGGAGCCGUCUUAUGAAGUUGUAAAAUUCGAUUUUUCCGCCUCGUUUGUUUAUAAUCCGUUGUGGACGGAGAAGAAAUUGUCUUGUUCACUAUUAUCGUCUAAUAUAUUCGAUCGUGCUUCUAUCAAUAAAAUAGCUCAAAGAUUCAAACAUUUUAUAAGGCAAUUAUUGGUGCGGAGCUCCAUCAUGCGGGAAACAUCUUCACCGAAUAAAUCCAUUGAUGAAUUAUGUUUAAUGUUACCGGAAGAAAUAGCAGAAUUGCAAGAAACUAUAUUUACUUAUUCAGGAAAGAUCACUAAAGAAGGUAAAUACACGUAUAGUUAUGGUAAUUUAUUGCUUCGCUUUGUAACUGGAAGUAGUAUAUAA